AUGGCCAGCAGACCUCUGCCCCCGGGACACAAGGAGGAGGAGGAGACUGCCAAAGAACCAGCACCAAAACUGUCACUGGUACGGCCCAGAGGCUGCCUGCCCAGCAUUGAUGAGUCCCGACCAUCAGGUCAGAGCCCAGCCCCCCGCCGAAGCUCCGUGCUGGGCUUAACCACAUCCUUCUCUCGCCGCAACUCUCUGGCUGGAUCAGGCAUUGGUGCUGGAAGUCGCAGACCAUCCCUGGGCCCAGUGCCCCCUCUAGGUUCGCGGGUUAGCUUCUCGGGCCUGCCCCUGGUGACCGCCCGUCGUGUGGCACCCUCAUACCGCACUGAGCCCGCACCGGGGGAGUCCUGGGAGUCUGUACAUGCACAGCGCAUCCUGGAGGCAGCACUGGACGCCAGACUGUGCAAUGUAUGCUACUCAAGUGUGGAAGGCGGGCAGCUGGCACAGGAGCUGUGUGAACAGGUGCAUGUGCGCCUGCGCGAGCUCAGCCCCCCUCGCUACAAGCUCGUGUGCUGUGUGGUGCUAGGGCCACGAGAAGGCCAGGGUGUGCACGUCGUCAGCCGUGCACUCUGGGACGAGGCACGUGAUGGGCUGGCCUCGGCCACCUUCACCAAUGCCUCGCUCUUUGCGGUGGCCACAGUCCACGGGUUGUAUUGCGAGUAA